AAAAAAGCUGGAAAUUUGAAGCAUAGAAGGAGGCAAAAAGAAGUGCUACAGAGACACUGAUCAUUCACGGACCGGAUUCCAAGUUCUCCUCAUCAGUAAGACCUGCACUGUGAUCGCUUCAGCACGGACUUCUUUUUGAGCUCUCCGUGACUGUACCGUGUGGUUCGUUUAGUAGAUCAUAAAUAGCACAUUAAAUGUGAAUAGAGUGAUUUGCAAAGCGAAAAGUUCCCUAUUGAUCAUCAUAAGUGCAAUCGUAGUGCUGCAAAAACUAUGAAUAGAAAGAGAAGAUAGUUUGUGGUUGAUGUAAAAAAAAAACCUGUGAUUCAAAGCAAAAUAUUUUAAGACAAUCGAUCACGAAGAUGAUCACAUCAGUCAAGUGUAUCGUUGCACUCGUGCACACUGUUGUGGUCUUUUCAGUGGUCAGGGGUCAACAAGUUAGCUCCCCCUGUCCAAACCUCUUCCAGUAUCAGCACAAUGGAUAUGAACCCGAAGGCGCCCUUGAAGUUCCCGCGCCGCCUAUUGGCACCAAACUUGAGCUACACGUCUUCCUCACAGUUCCCGCCCAGUUGCCAUCGAGUUACGUGGGUGCUCUCGAAUUGCGUGACUCCCAAGAUGUGGCUCUGCAGCGCCUGAGAAAUGGUCUCCCGGUGCGAUAUCGCGUCAAGUUUCCCAUUCCUAAUCCAGUUCCUCGCCUCGUGUCGAUAACGUACAAUGGAAAUGUUAUUUGCCAAGGAGAAAAUGCCCGAUAUCCACAUCAAGGAUCAUAUGUGACAAACAUUCGCUUAGAUCAUAUGCUUACAACGAAGCUCUCAAAUCAACCCUUUUACGAAACGAAUCCCUAUCAACAACCCCCUCCUACGCCUACGUACCACGAUCCAUUUAGUGAACCAUAUCCAACGCAAAAUAAUUACUUUCAAAACAACACGAAUCCAUUCUUCGAUAAAGGCAAUCAAUAUGAUCCGUAUGGCGGUAGCAACAAUUUUAUUCCUCAAGCUCCAGCAGUAGAUCCAACCUACCCAUCCUAUCAACAACCUCAGCAACCUCAACCGAUACCUACAAAAGCACCACCACCAUCUCCAUUGCCUCAACGACCUUCAAAUACUAGACCCACAAAUCCCUUCAUCCAACAGAAUACAAAUCCUCCCUAUCAGACAGCUGUUAAUAGGUACGGGGGAGAGAGCGGGAACAAUGUUUGUGGGAAGAUCGAUAGUCGCUUCACGAUCACACCUCUUAUAUACGGUGGCGAAGAAUUCCCCAAAGGUUCUUGGCCCUGGCUUGUUGCCGUGCACGUGUACAAAGGUGCUCAAUUUUCAUUUGUCUGCGGCGGAACUCUCGUCUCCCACAACGUCAUCGUCAGUGCAGCUCACUGUUUUACAGACGGAAGAGGGGUUAGCUACCAAGCAACUGAUGUAAUUGUCUUCGUUGGAAAACACGAUCUACGGAAGCUCAAAGAAGAUGGAGCAACAAUUUCCGAAGUGAGCGACCUUAAUAUUCAUCCUGAAUUCCUCAAAGAUCCCCAGGGAUCCUUUGAUGCUGACAUUGCUGUUUUAGUGCUGAAAGAAAGUGUGGAAUUCAGCACCUACAUUCGUCCUGCCUGCCUAUGGAGCCUACCAACAGACGAGGAAUACUUUGUUGGAAAAACCGGCGUUGUAGUUGGUUGGGGACGUGACGAAAAAGGCAACUUGGUGACUUAUCUACCCAAGAGGACACAGGUUCCCCUUGUUUCUUCGCAAGAAUGCAUCAAUUCUCGUGAUGAUUUUGCCGUUCUCACGUCCGCGAGAACAAUUUGUGGUGGCUGGCGUGAUGGAGUCAAUGGUCCAUGCACGGGAGAUUCCGGCGGAGGGCUCAUUAUGUAUGAGAACGGUCGAUGGCAGCUCCGUGGGGUAAUUUCAAUUGCCAUAAAGCAUCCUGUAUCUGGAGUUUGCGACCUCCGGGAGUACGUGGUAUUUACGGACGCAGCAAAAUUCACUAGUUGGAUUCGUUCAUUCAUGCGGUAGCAAAAGUUCCAAGUCACACUCAGAAAAAAACCACAAAAAUGCCAUUUACUAGAAAAUGUAAACUAAAUUUUCUGGGUGACCUUCUUCUGUUGAUACUCAGGUGUUAUUUAGAGAAGGCAUUGGCCUUGUAAUCACUAUUUUUUUUUUACAAAUAAAUCUGUGUAUAUUGCAAUAUUCUUUAGCAAUUAAGGACAAUAAAAAUCAUUAUGUAUUAACUUCCUA